AUGUCCAUUCUACAAAGUGGCGGUCGACCAAGUGGGAAGUCACGAAAAUAUUUUCUAUCUGAUAAGGAAUGGAAGUCUUCACAUGUGCAUGUCUUGAUAAAUUGUGAUGAGGUUAAACCAUAUCUUGACAUAUUCUUAGAGAACCACUCUCUAGAUAUAGAAGAUUCAUUUGGGCGCAUACAUAUAGAGUUUCCCAUAUGGCUGAAGAAAUAUGUAAAUGAGGAGACAAAUGGAGUUACUAACCAAGAUAUAAUUGCCUUGUCUCGUAGUCCUGCAUCAAUGGCCAUAUCAUGGAACAUGUAUUUUAUCAAUGGGUACAAGUUUCAUACUGAAGAAUGGAGCAAAGGUAGAAAAACUAGAAAUUAUGGUGUGCACGUGAAAGGUCUUGUAGAAGGAGGAAAUACUGAUUUUUAUGGAAUAAUCAAACAUAUCUUUGAGCUAGAUUACUUUGGUCUGAAGCAUAAGAUUCCAAUGACUAAAAGAGGUGGAAAAGCUAAGGUAUUAGCACCAGGAAAACUUCAAGAAGAACGAAAUCGCAUAAUUAACAAGAAGCAUAUCGUUAGGAAACCUGCUCAAACAACAUUGUCUGUGCAGGAUGCAUCAUCGGCACCAACACCAACUCAGGCAGCACCGUCCGUGCAGGUUGCAUCGUCAAUGCCAACAUCAGCUUCGAAAAAAUCGUGUGUGCAGGCUGCAUCGUCGAUGCCAACACCAGCUCAGGCAACAUCGUCCAUGCAGGUUGCAUCGUCGAUGCCAACAUCAGCUUCGAAAAAAUCAUUUGUGCAGGCUGCAUCGUCGAUGCCAACACCAGCUCAGGCAGCAUCGUCCGUGCAGGUUGCAUCAUCAAUGCCAACAUCAGCUUCUAAAAAAUCGUCUGUGCAGGCUGCAUCGUCGAUGCCAACACCAGCUCAGGCAGCAUCGUCCGUGCAGGCUGCAUCGUCGAUGCCAACACCAGCUCAGGCAGCAUCGUCCGUGCAGGCUGCAUCGUCGAUGCCAACACCAGCUCAGGCAGCAUCGUCCGUGCAGGCUGCAUCGUCAAUGCCAACACCAGCUCCAACUAUAGUACCUGUUCAUGCCACUACGUCUGAGAAAUUUAGUUUUAUGUCUACUCCGACUUUAAGCCAUCAAACAAUGGCUGGCCCUCAAAGUAUAAACCUUCAAACAAUGGCUAGCCCUUCAAAUUUGGCAGAGGAGGAAGAUGUGGAUGCUGAUGAGGAUGAGGCGGUGGGUCAAGAAACUGUUACCCCUCUUGUGCCAACAAUAGAUGAGAAUGGGAAAGUUAUUAUAAAACCAUCUGGUACUGGGCUAGUUCCUGCCAAAGAAGUUGCAGGUGCCAUUAAUUAUGUGAUACGCAAACAAUUUUAUAAACCUAUACAUCAUUGGUCUGCACUCGAUCCUGAUACGAAAGCUGAUUGGUUUAAGUUGUUUGGAGAGAAGGUUUCGUGGGAUCCUUUCGAUCAUGCAUUUGUCUAUAGCGCAUUUGAAAAAAAAGGAAGAAAACGAUUAAACGACAUGUUGGGGAAGGCGAGGAGAAAAGGGACUCGACCUUCAUGGAUUGGUGAUGAUGCUUGGGUUGAACUUCAAACUUAUUGGAAAAAUACCGAGUUUUUGGCUGUGUCUUCUCAAAACAAGACCAAUCGAGCUUCCGCAAGAGGCGGAGCAGUCCACACCACAGGCCGUAAGGCUCAUAUUGAUGUUGCACUUCAACUUUCACGUGAACUUCAAAGGGAUCUGCGUCCCGAUGAGUUAUUUUUAAAAACACACAAGAGGAAAAAUGGUGAAUGGGUUGACAGUCGUGAUGCAUCUACUUAUAAGACUUUUAAAGAGAAGUUUGAUGCAGAACUUCAGCCAACUGAAGAAGGGAAUGGAGAGGUUGUUCAAGUGUUAGAUGGAGAGCGUGUAAAUCAGCUAUGGACAGAGGCUGCUAGGGGCCGUAACCGUGGUCGGGUUUAUGGCGCUGCAGAUUUAGCUAUUAAUCUAAAACAUGGAUCAAAAAGUUUUACCCAACAAUCUCAAACUCCUCAGCACUCUAUGUUUGGGAUGUCAUUAGAAGCUGAAAGAGCAACUAGAAUUAGAGCUGAACAAAUUGCCGAGGCUGCAACGACCCAAUUACAAGAGGCUAACGAAGCAACGCGAGUUGCUACCGAGGCUGCAAAAGUUGCUACCGAGACUGCACAAAGGAUGGAGAGGGAGAUGAAUGCUUGGAAGGAAUUUAUGAUGAAGAAAUUUGACACUUCAACUUUUGUAUCACAUUCUCAUCAUUAUGAUGACGAUUUGGAUGAUCAGUCAUUAGAUGAAGAUUGA